UUUGCCGCCGCCAAGAUGAGUACGUCGUUGGCGUCCCAGUUGAAUGCUCUUAAGGUGCAUGCGACAUCUGCUCCUUCGCAGAGGAAGCUUGCAUCCUUCCUGCAUGAGCCAAAGGUGGCGUCGAAGAUCGACAUCCGCACCACCUACGAGCAUGCGAAACAGGCGCUCGAUCACUUGUGCGGUAUGGACGGGUCCUUGGAUGUCUUCCACACAACGUUGCUUCAUCCAAGCAAAGUCCAGGCACAGUUUAACCGUGCCCUUCUUACAAAAGACGAAAACGUUGCCGUCGAUGCCGACCUUGGACUCCUCCUCGACGCCCUCUCACCAUACUUUCUCUUGCCACCUACCCAUCAAGUACUCGAGUACCUCAUCCGGCGGUACGAAAUCCACACGUGGAACGUUGAGCAAAUUCUGGCUGCCACGAUCUGCUACCACGAAAGUCCCCUGUUUGCGCGCCUUGUAACAAUUUGCGACCUGAACAAGUACCCUCGCUGGGCAUUCCUUGAGGGUGUCAAAACCAACAACGUUCCAUUGUUGCGCGCAAACCUUGCCAAACGUUGCUUCACAGAUCCGUCUGUCGUGCGCUUCAUUUAUGAAGCCAGCCGUCGUAUCGGGGCCAAGAACCCCAAGAUUAUGGCUUUAUAUACAUUGCUAGCCAUGGAAGUGCUCGACAAGUCCAAGAUCACCGACCAGAUACUGCGCUGGGUUCUUCCGAACGUGUUGGACGGCCUCCGAGACCGGUCCUUUCCCGAACACCAGCUUUCAUCGUACAUGAUUGUGACGAAGCUGUCGUCGAAAGCCAUUCUCGCCCACGCUGCGCGGACCCAAGUCGUCGCGGCCAUCGCCAAGACCGCCCCCGCACAUGCUCAACUCGAUGCACUACUGUGCUUAGUCAGCGUUGUGCAAGCCCAGCCGUUUGAGUCUCUCCCGAACGACGUGAUCAAGCACGUACUGAACUAUACUGACUUACCCCAGCUCCUACACGAUGCCACCGACUCAUACGACACGCGAAAGUUCCUUACAUUGUUCUUUGCGGGGCUCAUUGCCCACCUUGUGGACAGCUCCAAGUCGUCGAACCAACCGACGGCCAGUGCCGAAUCGACUUUGUUUGCCAUCCUGACCGAGCUCGGCCCUGACGCCGCCGCGCCGUUCGUCGCUCCAAUCGUUGCUCAUGUUCUGAAGAGCGCCAAGACCGCUACUGCCAUGAAGGACAAGACCAUGUCGGCUGGCUUGUGUGCGUCAUUGCAGCGUGUGCUGGUGCACUUGAGCAAGCGGUUCGCGGAGCAAUUGGAUGCGGGUUUGCACAGUUUGGUCGACAGCCAAGAGGAAGCCGCAAGGGCAUUUUAUAUCGAAUUUGUUGGUAGAACGUUCGACGGAACGACUGCCGCUGUCCACGUGCCGCUGGCCCAGAGUGGAUUGUCGCUUUUGCUGUCACUGGACCACCCGAAUGCGGACAUCCGACUGCACGCCAUCACAGCUGUUAAAGCAAUGAACGACUCGUUCGACGAAGCUGACGCGCUACUUCGCCGCCUUAACGACGAUUCCCCCAUGGUCAUCGUGAAGGCGCUGCAGCUGAACGUGCUGCUUGAAAAGGUGUCCCCGUUGGCGUUGGUUGAAGCCGUCGCCCACGCCGUGACGCAGCGCUUCCGUGAUCCGCGAUUCCAAGACGCUGUGUCGGCUCUCGUUUCGUUUGCGACUGGUCCGCUGUUAACCAAAUACGCUGACCACCCCAGCGUGAUCCCCACACUACUCGACAUGUUACUGCAGUUCGCCCCGACGGUAGACUGGCUCGAGCCCUCGGACGACACCAAACCAUCGUUGAUUACGUUUGAGGCGUGGGUGCAGCACUUGAAAAAACUUCCCCAUCCGUUUGGACAAGCGCUGAAUGCCCCGAAAGACGUCGCCGCCGUCGUUGAAGCAUGGGGAAAGGCCUUGACGGAAGACUUGAUCGAGACCGUUGCGGCAUGGACAUCUCCCGCGCCAUUUCGGCACGUUCGCUUGCCGUAUUUGGCGCUGCAAGUGCUGUAUCUCGGCCAAGAAAAGCACUGUCACAGCCGAUUCCUGUCACUUGCCCGCGCAGAGUGGACGUUGCUCAACGCAUCGAUGGUGAAAGUGGACCUUGCCACCAAUCGCCAGGCCAUCGUGCACACGAUUGACAUGAUCUGCAGCAUCAUGACGACCAGCUCCACCGACGCUGACGCCACAAUCGUGUACGAUGACGCGCUGCAUCUUUUACUGCACUCGUCAUCUCGAUUCUUUACCCUCGUGCAGCCUUGCUUCAACGACAAACUUGCCAAACACAACUGGACUUCUCUGCUGCACAGUCUGUGCCGUGUCGCAACUCGCCUCGACACGCAGCCGACGGCCGCUGUUCGCAGCCUCACCCUCGUCUCUGUCAUGCUUGAGUGCCACAGCUCGAACGCAAUCAAGCUGAACGACUUGCACCACGUGCUUACCACACUGCUCGUGUCGGUGUGUGUUUGUGAUAAGGCCGUUCGCAAAGCUGCGAUGCAAACCCUCAAGCCGCUCGCUAAGGCGUCUGUGGAGAAGCACGAUAAGGGGGCCCUUGCAACGUAUCACAAUGCCAUUGCACGGCUCGUCCAAGCCAAGGCGGAACUCUGCAUGGAUGGCCAGCAUAUCUCGACUCUGCUGGCGACGCUCUUGGACGACCAAAAAAUCGACGCUGCUUGGGCCAAGCACGUGCUUGCGACAGUUCUCGUCAAGGACGCCCGACCAACCGUCCGAACAAUGAAAGUGCUUGCGGUGUUCUCUGACGUCCAUCUGCCUAGUCUGUGGGAGUCCACGGUCGGAUGGUUCACGCAACGACUGCCAUUGUUUGCCGCUGAGCCGACCGAGACCGAAACAACGGUGAUGACCCACCUCAUGACGCACUUCCUCUCGAGCUGGGCCACGAUCAAGGUCCCAAAGCUCGUCGUCGACGCCGUUGUGCAAACGCUCUCCACCGCGUCUGGAGCGUCGGUGCUUCAGCGACACGUGGCUACGAUCAUGCCAGCAUCGUGGUUUGCAAGUGUUGGCGCGGCGACACAAUCCACGAUUGUCUCGAGGUUGGUGGCACUGAUGCAAUCGGGCGAAGACUUGAGUGAAAUAUCGAGCCAACUCGUGCCACGCCUCCAAGUGUCGUCGGAUAUCGUGACCAAGCUGUUGCAUCACAACAAGUCGGCGCAAUGGGUCGCAGACGUCACGUGUGUCCUCGAAGUCCUCCCAGCUUGGUUGCCGCAAUACUCGGCUGCAGAGUUGGAAUCCCUGCUCACGCCACUGCAGCUCGUUGUCGCGCACUUCAGCCAAGACAAAGUGUCCGAGUACAGCAUCCAAAUGGUGCUGACGGUAAUGCACCAAGUGUGCCGGCUGUUGCCGCCUGCCUCUUCGUCGAAGAAGAACGCGGCGGCGACGACCCUGUCCCAUGCCAAAGUUCUCGUCGAGCUCACGAUGGAAGUUAUCGAGGUGACGACAUCCCCUCAGACCCGGAAUGCAGCCCUCUUGCUCGUGUCGGCACUGGUCGAUCUCUAUCCUGCCCAAGUUCUGACAUCGCUUGUGCCUAUUCUGAGCCACGCGUCCCACCUGCACAUGGACGAGUACUCGUUCCACGUCCUUCGUGAAAUCGUCCAGCAUGCAGUGCCGUACGUUGCCAAACCGUCGAGCCCCAUCUCGAUCCAGCAAUUUCUCCAGACCUUUGUCGAUGCCUUCGCGUCGAUUCCAGCUGCCCGUCGUCUGGACCUCUUUCACGUUGUCCUGUCGAGUCUCGAGCUUCAAAAGGCCAACGCUUUGGGCAUGACGAUUGCGCUCUUGCUCUUGACAACGCCCGACGAAGACGACGACUCGAUCCCCACUCAUCCUCACGCCGAGUUUUCCCACUCCCUGGCGCAACUAUUCCCACCUGAAGCGCAGAUGCAAUCCCUCGUCUUCUUGGUCAACUCAACAAACCACACCCAAGAUGGAGACGACGAAGUGAAUGCAGACUCGGCCCUGAAAGUUACGGGCUUGUCGGAGACGGCUGUGGAAUCCGCCUCCGUUGCUUGGCUCUCGUUCGUCCCGCAGCACCUCGAGCGCAAGCGUCUCCACUCUCAAAUCCUGGACAAGCGCCACGGCGAGAGCGCGACGCUACAAGAGGCUUACCUCCUCCUCGCCCAGGCGCUUCUACUCUACCUCCGCAGGGGUAGCGACGACGCCCUCAGCGCGUACGCUUUGGACGGGAUGCAUAAUCUGCAGCGCCUGCUGACAGCCCCUGGCUUCGUGGCUGUGAUCGGCGAGCUGUUGCACCACGAAGAUGGUGUAAUUCGUCGACGCGCGCUACAACUUUUGAACGAACGCAUCGAGGCGCAUCAAGACUCUUUAACGACUGAAGAAGAGCUCUUGUUUGUCGACAUGUUGGCCGACCUCACGGAAGUUCUGAGCGAAGUCGAGUCUGCUCUGGUAUCGGACUUGCAAAUGGCACUGCUGUCGGUCGACGUCCUUACGCGCUUCUUUGCCAAGAAGCAUCCCAAGCCGUUCAAAACGAUCCUGCCUACAGUCGUCGCGUGCACCAAACAUGCCAACGGCCAUGUCGCCGGGAGUGCUUUUGUGUGUUUGUCCAACUUGGGCCUUGCGCUCGGCCCGGUCGUGUACCCACAUAUCCCGACGUUUUUCCCCACGCUCUUGACUGCGUUGGAGGCGGUGGCCAACGCGACGAACAGUGACAAAGUGGACGAAACCAACACGCUCCAGUCGUGCGGGAUGGUUGCGCUGCGCAACAUGACUGCCAAGUUUCCCCAAUUUCUUGCAGCAUACCUUCCCCGCAUCCUGUCGCUGCUGUUCCAGCCGUCGCUGCAUCCCCAAAUUCAAGUGAUUGCACAGGCUACCCUCGACUCGUUGGCCCAUGGCAUGGAGCUGCGCAACCUCUUGCCUGCCCUCAUUGAUUUGUACCCGAGCUGCUGCAGUCACGGUGCCGACUCGAUGGUCCAGUUGUUCGUACUUGUGGCGACUAUCGUGAACGGCAUGGAUCGUGCAGCAGUCAAGACACACUUGAGUGCGUGGAUGCGCUUCUUCCUCAUGGCGAUGGACAUCCGACGCACGCACCCGUCGCUAUCCACCGACGUCGAAGACAAACUUCGCCAUGCCAUCAUUCAACUUGUCCUGAAGCUCUCCGAAAAGCAACUCAAGCCGCUCUUUGUCAAGUUUGUUGUGUGGGUGGAUGUCGUGCUGCCCGGCCAACAAGGACCGUCGCUGCCUCGACAAGCAGUCUUCUUCCGCCUUGUCACUCAACUAAGCGCUCAGUUGCGAAGCAUCUUCGUCCCGUACUACGCGCACAUCCUGCCGCAAUGCGCAACGGUUUUGGCGUGGGGUCCGUCCCUGGGCUCGUCAACGAGCCAUGACGAGGACGACGAUGGGUUCUUCAAGCGCCCUUCCAAGAAGCAAAAGGUCUCCGAGGCCGUCGACGACAGCCUCAAGGCGACCGUGGCCGAGUAUGUUGUGGAGGCCUUGGUCGGUUGCUUCUCGCAUGACUCGGAUGGGUUUAUGGACAAGGAGAAGUUUGAUCAAGUCAUGCCGGGGCUCGUCGACCUGUUGGACCUGGCCGACGUUCAGCCGACCCUUGUGGGCCACGCAGUGACUGCACUGGCGCAGCUCGCAUGGGCAGCCAAGAGCGAUAUACUGUGGAAGCCAAUGCACCAUCGCAUCUUGAUGAAGAGCCGAAGCGACAGUGCUGGCGUCCGACUGGCGGCGCUGCGAGCCAUCGAACAGUGCUACAGCGUCGUUGGCGAGGAGUUCUUGGCCAUGUUGCCCGAGAGCAUUCCGUUCUUGGCCGAGCUGCUCGAGGACACGGACUCGACGGUCGAAACGCUGUGCCACCAGGUCAUCAAGCAGAUCGAGGACAUUUCCGGCGAGAGUUUGGACCAGUAUUUGACCGCGUAGUGACCCUGUUAACCUUAUUUUAAAUAGAUUGCAUCCACAACAUGCACCAGCACGUUGGUGCGUGCGAAUGUUACAUUCUCUCA